GUCAAAAUAAUGACACUUCUCUCCUCUGUCAAAAUAAUGACACCUCUCUCCUCUCCUCUCCCACAAAUCCAUCUCCAGAAUGCACCGACUUCUCUCCGCCAGUGGCGGUGAUGCUGAUGAUCUUCCUCUGUCUGGAGGCCUUCCUCUUCCUCACCUUCACCGUGGUGAUGUUCGGAACGCAGAUACACUCCAUCUGCAACGACGAGACGGAGAUCGAGCGUCUGAAGAAUGAGAAGCCGACGUGGGAGCGGCGUGUGCGCUGGGAGGGGAUGAAGGCCGUGUUCGGAGGCCCGCCCUCCUUCCUCUGGUUCAACCCAUUCACCGGCCUGAGCGUCUCUGCAGGCUGGCCUACUGAUGACGCGUACACGCCGUAG